UAAGGCGGAACCACUUCUGCUGGGCUUCGUGUUGCGGGUCGGAAGGGUGUUGAUGUCGUAUUGGUGUGUUUUCGGAAGUCGGGAGCGUUUGUGUGUCUUUUUUUUUCCAAAAACCGUAUAGACAAGUGUUCCAGUGUUUGUACAGGCUCUAGUAUCGGUCGAAGUGAUUAGAUAACUUACCCGCAAGUGGUUUUUCUCCUGGAUUUGCGUGUUAUACCGCCGCCGUCAUGGGGAAAAGACAGCAUCAGAAAGAUAAAAUGUACAUCACCUGCUCCGAAUACACACAUUUCUACGGAGGCAAAAGAGCAGAAAUUCCACAGGCGAAUUUCAGGCGCCUGCCCUUUGAUCACUGCAGUUUGUCCCUGCAGCCAUUCGAGUAUCCCAUGUGCACUCCUGAAGGACACGUCUUUGACCUGCUGAGCAUCGUUCCCUGGAUCAAGAAGUUUGGGACUAACCCGAUCACUGGAGAGAUCACCCCCUCCAGUGUAUCGGGCCAGUCCUUGGGGCGCAUCGAGUGGCAUCGAGGGCGCUUGCUCUGGCUCGGCGUCUCUGCCAACAAGACGGGGGGGGGGGGGGGGCGAUACGGUCGGCUCUUCGUGGCACUACGUGCAGAGAGUCCAGCUCGUCUCCAUUCAACUUCAAAUUCUUGGGCUUCCUCUUCACACCCACUGGAACGGAGGCGAAAGUACCAUUGCCCUGUGCUGUACACUGUCUUCACAAAUAACUCCCACAUCGUGGCCAACCGCAUGACUGGGAAUGUCUUCUCUCACGAGGCAGUGGAACAGCUUAAUAUCAAAACCAAAAGUUACAAGGAUCUGCUGACCGAUGAGCCCUUCACCCGGCAGGACAUUAUCACCCUGCAGGACCCCACAAACCUGGACAAGUUCAACGUCUCCAACUUCUUUCACGUGAAGAACAACCUGAAGGUCCCAGAUCCAGAUGAGGAAAAGGCCAGGCUGGACCCCUCGUACCACCUGAAGAACGCCAACCUGGAGACCAGGGAGACGCUUGCCGAGCUCUACAAAGACUUCAAGGGCGACGAGAUGCUCGCAGCCACCAUGAAAGAGCCCGAGAAAAAGAAGACCGACAGGCUGAACGCGGCCCACUACUCCACGGGGAGGGUGUCUGCCUCCUUCACCUCCACCGCCAUGGCUCCCGAGACCACGCACGAAGCAGAUGCUAUUGAAGAUGAUGCUGUGCGCUACCAGUACGUCAAGAAGAAGGGCUACGUCAGGCUGCACACCAACAAGGGGGACGUCAACCUGGAGCUGCACUGUGACAAGGUUCCAAAAGCUUGUGAAAACUUCAUCAAACUCUGCCAGAAAGGAUACUAUGACGGGACCGUUUUUCACCGGUCGAUCCGAAAUUUUAUGAUUCAAGGUGGGGAUCCCACUGGAACUGGCACAGGCGGAGAGUCGUACUGGGGGAAGCCGUUCAAGGACGAGUUCCGGCCCAACCUGUCCCACACUGGGCGAGGGGUGCUCAGCAUGGCCAACUCCGGCCCCAACACCAACAAGUCCCAGUUCUUCAUCACGUUCCGGUCACGAAGGGAAAGGGGAAACUCCGAGGCCCUUGCAGGAGAAAUAGUUGUAGGUGGUUUUGAAACGCUCACUGCAAUGGAAAACGUUGAGAGUGAUGCCAAAACAGACCGUCCAAAGUCAGAGAUCAAGCUCCUGAGCGCCACAGUGUUCGUGGACCCGUAUGAAGAAGCCGAUGCCCAGAUCGCGGCUGAGAGGGAGAGGGAUGUGAGGAAGCAGGAGGAGGAGGAGCGCGCCCGAGCCACCGCAGCGGCUCCGAAGAGCGGCGCCGACGCCGCGCCCAGGACCUUCCGCCCCGGGGUGGGCAAGUACAUCAACACUGCAGCGACGAAGCGCUCCACCGCCGGAGCCGAGGGCGGCCCCUCCACCAGCGCCGCCGCGGCCAAGAGGCCGAAGGGAAGAGCCGGCUUUGGGGACUUCAGCUCCUGGUAGACGCGGGGGACGGCGGGGGGGCCACCUCAGGAACGCCAAGCGGCAAACUGGCGUCGCCACCCUGCACCCCCUCACUGCCGCCGUGCACCCCCAGCUCCGAUGAACACAGGCCAGGGGUCACAGUGGAGCUGGGAGGCCAUCACACUGCCCCCGAAACAGAUGCAAAGGAAAUUUAUUCCAUUUGACUUUUUUAAAAAUAAGAGGACUGGAGGCCAGAGGUGUGGAGGCCAAAACAAAAAAAAAAAAGAAAAUCUGGAAAUGGGAUGUAUUGCAUGAAAUAUUUUGUUACUCUUGUAUAAUUGGAGGAUAUGGCUAUCAUCCAUUCUGUCUAGUUUGGAAACCAAACUUUUUUUUAUUAUUCUUUUAUGUGUUGUUUUCCCCGCUCUGAAUAGAGGAAAGCUCUAAUAAAAUGACCCUGCAGGAGCAGACUUCUCUGAGGCUGUCGGAGCUGAGGGCGGAGGGGUACAAGCUGAACAGUCCUCAUGGGUCUCCGCACAGCCUGUUUCUGGGAUGGGCAUCUUUCCUGUGAAGUGGGCACACCCUAUCCGUGCAGAAAUGCCAGCAAGGGUACCGCAGCAUUAAAAACUACUGCUGUUGUUGG